UACCAUUUUACCCCACCUGCACGUUGUGCAUUGCAUUUCCAAUCUCGAAGACUGCGUAAGUGGCUGAACAUCCGUAGAAGCCAGCAGAAACAGUAUCGACUCAGGCCGUCGCGAGAGAACGAGAUAAAAAAUGUCGAAUCUGAAGAAAAUCAGCGAUGAGGAAGGCGAGUCCAAAUUUGGAUACGUUUUCGCCGUAUCUGGUCCUGUCGUGACGGCAGAACGUAUGUCUGGCUCGGCUAUGUACGAGCUGGUACGUGUCGGAUACUAUGAGCUGGUAGGAGAGAUCAUUCGACUGGAAGGAGAUAUGGCAACCAUUCAGGUGUACGAAGAAACGUCUGGAGUUACUGUCGGUGAUCCUGUCCUGCGUACGGGCAAACCGUUGUCCGUGGAGCUUGGUCCUGGUAUCAUGGGUAGUAUCUUUGACGGUAUCCAGCGUCCGCUGAAGGACAUUAACGAAAUGACCAGCUCAAUUUACAUUCCGAAGGGUAUUAACGUGCCCUGCUUGUCACGUACUCAGAGCUGGAGCUUCAACCCGUUGAAUGUGAAAGCUGGUUCGCACAUCACCGGUGGUGAUCUGUAUGGUAUUGUACACGAGAACACACUCGUUAAGCACAAGCUCAUGGUUCCUCCACGUGCCAAGGGUACCGUCAAAUACAUCGCCCCGUCGGGCAACUACACCGUCGACGAUGUAAUCCUGGAGACCGAGUUUGAUGGUGAAAUUAGCAAAUUCACCAUGUUACAGGUGUGGCCCGUACGUCAACCACGUCCAGUGACGGAGAAGCUGCCGGCCAACCACCCGCUGCUAACUGGUCAGCGUGUAUUGGACUCCCUGUUCCCUUGCGUUCAGGGCGGUACCACGGCCAUUCCUGGAGCUUUCGGUUGCGGCAAAACUGUCAUCUCGCAGUCGCUGUCGAAGUACUCCAACUCGGACGUGAUCGUGUAUGUCGGUUGCGGUGAGCGUGGUAACGAAAUGUCUGAAGUAUUGCGUGACUUCCCCGAACUGUCGGUUGAAAUUGACGGUGUAACCGAAUCCAUCAUGAAGCGUACCGCGCUGGUAGCCAACACUUCCAACAUGCCUGUCGCUGCUCGUGAAGCUUCCAUCUACACUGGUAUCACACUGUCUGAGUACUUCCGCGACAUGGGCUACAACGUUUCCAUGAUGGCCGAUUCCACCUCUCGUUGGGCUGAGGCUCUUCGAGAAAUUUCCGGUCGUUUGGCUGAAAUGCCGGCCGAUUCGGGUUAUCCGGCUUACCUUGGUGCUCGUCUAGCUUCCUUCUACGAGCGUGCCGGUCGCGUCAAGUGUCUCGGCAACCCGGAGCGCGAGGGUUCCGUGUCGAUCGUCGGUGCCGUAUCGCCACCCGGUGGUGAUUUCUCAGAUCCCGUCACAUCCGCCACCCUGGGUAUUGUGCAAGUAUUCUGGGGUUUGGACAAGAAGCUGGCCCAGCGCAAACAUUUCCCAUCGAUCAACUGGUUGAUCUCUUACAGCAAGUACAUGCGCGCCUUGGAAGAUUUCUAUGACAAGAACUUCCCAGAGUUCGUGCCGAUGCGUACCAAGGUCAAGGAGAUCCUACAGGAGGAAGAAGAUCUGUCCGAAAUCGUGCAGCUGGUCGGUAAGGCUUCGCUGGCUGAAACUGAUAAGAUCACGCUCGAAGUUGCUAAACUGCUAAAGGACGACUUCCUGCAGCAGAACUCGUACUCUGCGUACGAUCGUUUCUGUCCGUUCUACAAAACUGUUGGCAUGCUCAAGAACAUGAUCGGAUUCUACGAUAUGGCCCGCCAUGCUGUGGAAACGACCGCACAAUCGGAGAAUAAAAUCACCUGGAACGUGAUUCGAGAUUCGAUGGGCAACAUUUUGUACCAGUUGUCAUCGAUGAAAUUCAAGGACCCAGUGAAGGAUGGUGAGCCUAAGAUCAAGGCUGAUUUUGAUCAGCUUUACGAAGAUAUGCAGCAGGCAUUCCGUAAUCUAGAAGAUUAAAAACCGUUUCUCCAGCCUUUUGGACAAGAGCAGCGAGUGCCAGCGUGUGUCGGAGGAAAGUGUACUAUUAUGUUAAGUUUCUUUUACCAUGUUACCGGUCUGCAGGCGCAUCCUUUGGGGAGAGGAGCGUUGCGUAGACUGUGUGGCGAAUAGUAAAAUGCAACACACGAGACGUUAUACAUAAAUGCAUAUAUGCACAGAUCCAUGCAAAAAAGUAUUCCACAACGGUAGAUGUAGUCAUGUCCUCGGAUAAAGUAGGGUACACGGAGCAAGAACAACGCAUUAACAUCAAAAGGGGAUAACUACGCACGUGUAUAUCCACAUCGUUGUCUGAAGGUCACGGCGAAAGUUUUAAUUCGUUAUAAACCUGUAAGCAUGAUAUUUGAUUCUAUUAUUCCCUCUCUAGCUGCUGGCAAGAUAAAGAUCAAUUUGAAGCUCUAAGCAUUAUUCGCAAAAACGUGGUCUAAGGUGCAGUCCUAUGUUGACGGACGUCCGCACUAAAAAGGGGUAAAAAUUCACUAAUCGCGAAAUGAAAGACCAACAUCGCUAGAGAGCCGGUAGUAACAACUGUAGAAAAAGAAGAGGGACACAAUGUCGCAAAACGUACAAUAAGGAGAGCCGACUUAUGUGUUAUACUAUAUAUAUAAAAUAUUUUUGUUGUUGUUCUGAUUAAUUUCCUGUAGAAAAUGCAAAACACGUAGCGAUUUAUUAGUCGCUAAAGCAAGUAUAAAACGAAAUAUAUAUAAAAAGAAUAGA